AUGUUGGAACAGGCUGGUCGUCAACUUGACAUCAAGAUCAGCUAUUGCAAGUGCCCAGUCCGUGUGGUGCAGGGCGCCAAAGUGAAAAAGAAGACCGUUGAUUGGCCAGUGAUCUAUUUUAGUCAAUGGCUUCGUUGCGCUCUGAAGCAUGGUGGGAAACUUGUGUUGUGUGGGCAUGAAGCUACAGCCACACACCUAUGGCAACAAGAGUUUCGUCAAUUCUGGGACCGCUACCAAAAAUAUGACCCUAGUCACCCCAUUUUUGACCUGGACCCUGAGAAGAGAAAGUUCUUCUUGCCGUUCACUGUGCAUGGCGAUGAAGGAAGGGGCAAAAACAAAAACCCAACACUCAUAGAGAAUUUCUGCCCAGUCAUCACCUACAAAGGCCCAAAGGUAACGAACUUAAGUGGGCAUACCUUUACCACGCGUUUCAUGUACACAGCUAUCGCCAGCACCUCUUACACACCAAGCAGCCUGGAUGAACUGCAUCGAGGCAUGGCGGAAGAUCUCAAUGAACUCUUCACCUCAGGUCUUUGGGUUGAGGCGGCUCAAACUACAAUCUAUGCAGCUUGCAUAGGUGGCAAGGGCGAUUGGCCCUAUAUUCGAAAAGCAUUUGGUUUGAUACCGGGCUACACCUCGAAAAGGUUGUGUCACCUCUGCCCAAGUGUUGUUCCUUGUAUGAGUUAA